AAAAAAAAUGAAAAAUUUUUUAUGUGAAUAGCAGAUAAGAUGAUUUUUAUUAUUUUUGUGCUAUAUUGGAAUCUUUUGGCUGGCACCACAUAUGGUCAAGAGCUCGGUUCGAAACAAUUUUGCACCGACUUAUAUCCACAGACCAAUGUAUCUGUUACAAAAUUGAUUGGCACAUGGUUCGGGGCCGAAGUUAUUACGCAUAGAGAUAGAGUAACCGGUGAAAGAUCGAGCAGAGACUGUGUUUUUGUUGUCAUUAAUGAAAUUCCCUAUGAAAUGGCUACAUUGAGACCACUCGAAAAUCCAAAGGAAAUUGUUACACAAUUUGGAACAAGUCCUUCGGUGAACCCAAUGAAAGAUUAUCGUUUCUUGAGGCUGCAAUGGACUGAGCUAGAUACAAAACUGGAGUACAUUCUACGAUACAAUACAAGUCGAAAAGGAUUUUGGUUUUCAUCAUCACCACAUGAACCCAAACAUUAUGGUGAACAGCCCAGUUUUUCUGGUUUUUCGGGUUCCGUUCAGGUCAUCGUCGCGAAGGACAAUUAUUUGAUGUUAACAUUUUGUGAGAAUAUACCUCAAAUGCAACUGUAUUCUAUCAUUUUGACACGUCAAGCAAAUACUCUUUCAAUGGAUCUAAUAAAGGAUCUUCGUGAACAAUUACGAAUUCGCGAGCUGCCAAAUCUUUAUUAUCGAACUGUGUGUAGUGGUGUUGAGAAGAUUACUGUAUCGUGUUUACUAUCAGUCGUAGUUGGAAUAAUUUUCAGCAUAAAAAUCAAGUGGACUUCGUCCAAGAUGAAAACGAAAGUGAUUGGAUUUUUCGCUGUUUUACUUGCAAUAAGCAAGUACAUUGAAUGUGAUAAUAUGUUUCAGCAGCAACAAUCACAGCAACCACAACAACCGUUAUUCUGUAGUGACUUGCGGCCGCAAAAUCAAGUUAAUAUUGAUCAACUGCUCGGAAUGUGGUAUGGAAAUGAAAUAAUUAUGCAUCAUGAUACUAUGCGUAGCGAUCCUGUUGCAUUGGAUUCGUGUGUUAUGAUUCAUUUAUCGGAUAUUACUCAUGAAAUAGCAUCAACCCGACCACGGCAGCCAGACAAUUUCCAAGAGUAUCAUAAUCAGCAAAUCUUAGCCAAUUAUGACUAUAACCAACGGCCAUUCGGUGCCCAACAAUUCAAUCAUUUAAGAUUGGUUUGGUCCGAACAGGAUAUCAAUUUGGAAUAUACAUUACGUUUUAAUACAACACGACGUGGAUUUUGGAUUUCAUCGGCACCACAAAAAGGUCAAAUGAUAAAAUUGAACUACGGCCAAUUCACUGGGGUCAUUCAAGUAAUGAAGGUCGUUAGCAACCAAAUGAUUUUAACUUUCUGCGAAAAUCUGCCCGGGAAGCAGUUUUUCACCAUCGUUCUAUCACGGCAACCGAACUCCAUUUCGAAUGAGGAUAUGGGAAGUAUUCAUGCAUUACUAAUGCAUCGCGGAUUACAGACGGUAUCGGUUCGUAAAAUUUGCAAUGGAUCCUCAUCAAUGCAUAGCAUAUCAAUUGUAUCGGUUCUUUUCACAGCAAUUCUUGCAUUUCUUCUUAAACAAAAAUAAAAAAAAAAUAUAUUUCUAAAAAGCCAACAUUCUUACUUUAAGUUGUCGCGUGAAAAAUGUAACCAAUACUUUUCAUAUUCACAUCACAAAUACAA